AUGGCGACCAAUUCUUGGAAUUCCAUUUGCCACAAAACACCACUGCGGCGGCGCCACUCCAUAGAUUGCCACCCUUCAACCGCCGCCUCGUAUUCUUUUUUUCUGAAACCAACCACCACUUCUACCACCUCCCCUUCUCUCUCACACAACACUACUUUUGCCAUCUCCUCCAAAGUUUCCUCCUCCUCCAUCGCCACUCCCUCCGCCUCUCCCAACGUAACCUUCGACGUCCUCCAACAGCAUUUAUCCUCAAAAAACUUCCGGGAAGCCGACGAAGAAACUCGCCGCCUCCUCAUAGUCCUCGCUGGAGAAGCAGCCCAGAAACGCGGCUAUGUUUUCUUCUCUGAAGUCCAGUUCAUUCAAGAAUCUGAUCUCAAAGCCAUUGACGAAUUAUGGAAGCAGUACAGUGACAACAAAUUUGGUUACAGUGUACAGAAGAAGAUUUGGGAGAAAAUGGACAGGGAUUUCACUAAAUUCUUCAUCAAGGUUGGUUGGAUGAAAAAGCUUGAAUCUUCAGAAGUUGAGCAAUACAAUUACAAGUCAUUUCCUAGUGAAUUCAUAUGGGAAAUGGAUGAAAACACGCCGGAGGGUCAUUUGCCAUUGACAAAUGCACUCAGAGGGUCUCAACUACUCAACACCAUUCUAACCCACCCUGCUUUCCAUGGAAAUGAAGAGGAAAAAGAAGAGGAAAAGGAAGUUUCAGAAUCAGGAGGAAAAGGUAAGGAAUAUGAAGGGUUGAAGGGACUGAGGAACAGAGUUUUCAAAACAGAUUACAGCUUUUGA